CUCGGCAUCACCCCAAAUGUGUAAUUAUCAGCCAGCUGUUACCAAGAUUUAUUGAGCCGUUCGAGGGAUUUAAUAAUGCAAUUAAAUCCACUAAUUUACAUUUGAUGGAACUAUGCCAUGCGGCUAAUUUUGAUGUGAGUUUUUGGCGACAUCGAGCUGGGUUGUGGCAACCAAGGCAACAUAUUUACACCAACGACGGCAUUCACUUGUCCAAUACAGUGGGCAAUCUGUUAUUCAUGCGCAGCAUCCGGGAUGCGUUAUUGCGGCAUAUUCGUUGGUAUUUCCCGUCACAAGAUGUCAAAAAGAAAGCGGCAAUCGCCCAUUGAACCCGUCGCUUCAGACAGUGAGGAGGAUUCAUCCACUCCUAUGAUUACCACCGCAGAAGAGCGGAUCACCGAGUUGUUAAUCAAAAAAUUGCUACGAAGGGGUUUGGUCAUGGUACCCCCGGCACCUGCAUCAGUUCCCACACCUCCUGCUACUACGUGUACCUCCACUCAGGGAUCUUCAUCUUCGACCACUGCUUCUACCUCCACGCCAGAACCAUCAACUUCAACCUCCAUCAAUGAACCAUCAGCUGUUUCUACAGAUCCGAAUAUUUUUUCUGUGAACGCAGCACAAUUGUUUCAAUGCCCUGUACCCCAGCCACAACUAUUGGACACUGUGCCUCAACAUCCACACAUGCAGGGUACAGGUAUGUCGGUGUCUCGUCACUUAUCUGAUAAACUCCGCCAAGAUAUUUGGGCGGAUAGAUUUGUAGAUUUUGCUCUACUCUUGCCUGGGCCUGUGCAAACUCAGUUUGCACUAAAUAUUUCGGAAUUUAAUGAAGAACCGGUAUUAAAAAUUUCAUCUGCACCUAAAUCAAAAGUGCUUUCGUUUGAUCAAUGGCAGAAAGCAUUUGCCGUGUUCAUGGACGUCAUGAUUCUAAAAAAUCCGCACAUGGCGUCCAGUUUGUUAGUAUAUUCAUCUUUGAUAUCUGAGUUAGCACAGACCUAUGGCGGGAAAUCGUUUAAUUAUUACGAUACUAAUUUUAGAAUGUUACGCCAAUCAAGCCCUUACCCUUGGGAUAUAAUGCAUGCCGAUUUCUGGCUAAAAGCUACCACGCUGUUUAGUGCUUCGGUUCUCAGGCCUGUGUCCUCCCAAGCUUCCUACAACCAGGGUUCUGGUGGUCGGGGGCCUAGUUGUUGGGGUUAUAACAGAAUGUCUGGAUGUAAGCGUCAACGCUGUGAAUUUUCACAUGUUUGUAGUCGCUGUGGAUACAAACAUCCUGCAUUUCGUUGUUAUGCUACAGCAAACCAAACGUCACGUUAUGGUAAUGUUCGUCCUAGGAGUCCUCCCUUAAAUGGGACCAGGGUGGAACAUACUUACAUGAACCCAGCCUCAUAUGCUGCCUCUUCCUAUCCAUCCAUGCCUAGUUCUCGUCCUCAGACAGCUGUAGCUGCCAGAGCGAACUUUCAACCUACCGCUGCACCCGCUACGUUCACAAAUAUGCCAUCGCACAUUGCGGCGGUUCAGAAUACAGUUCCGCCACGACUCUCAUCCUCUCCUUUAUUUUCUUCAUCUACACAGCUUCCAUCCAAACAACCGCACGCCAAAACAGGAUUGCCAGUGUCAAAAUCUCGGUACUCAUUUCGUAAAGACAAUCCACCCGCAAGUAAAGGUGCCAACACCAAUCGACCCCAGUAGACUUCAGGAAGUGUUGUCGGGUUACAACGAAAAUGAGAUAAAAUUUUUGUAUGAAGGUUUUGUUUCUGGUUUCAGGAUUCCAUAUGUUGGACAACGGGCUUUCUCCUGGGCUAGGAAUCACUCAUCUUGUUAUUUAAAUCUGGAAAUACUUUUUAAGAAAAUCAAUGAUGAGCUCCUAGCCGGGAGAAUCAUGGGCCCUUUUUUAGAACCCCCAUUUCCAAAUUUACGUUGCUCUCCUCUUGGAGUGAUUCCCAAACAGGAGAAAGAUACGUUUCGCCUGAUACAUGAUCUGUCAUUUCCCCUGGGCAAUUCUGUAAAUUCUGGAAUCGACCCUUUCUAUACCGAAGUGCAUUAUGACUCCAUAGACACAGUCGUUUCCCUGGUUAAGCAACAUGGUCGAGGUGCACUCAUGGCCAAAACUGAUAUUCAAAAUGCGUAUAGGUUAUUGCCCAUCCACCCUGAUGAUUAUGAGCUUUUGGGUUUCUCCGUCGAGGUGGAAGGACAACAUUAUUAUUUUGCGGACAUGUGUUUACCAAUGGGCCUCAAUAUGAGUUGCCAGACUUUUGAGCGAUUCAGUACAGCGUUACAUUGGGUAAUGGAAACCAAAUACAAUUCAUUUAUUAGUCACAUGAUUGAUGAUUUUUUCUUUAUUGGCCCACCUAACACUUCCGUUUGUGCAGAUUCCUUGCAAAAUUUUAUGAGUCUUACCCAAUAUUUACAUAUUCCCAUUAAAGCUUCCAAAACUGUUAAUCCCACAACAACAAUAACCAUUUAUGGAAUCGAAAUUGAUUCUAUUCAAAUGGUGAGUCGCUUACCGGACGAAAAAGUUAUCAAAGUUCGAGCUGCUUUGUCUGAAUGUCUAGAUAAACGUAAAGUGACACUUAAACAACUCCAAUCCCUGCUAGGCCUUCUAAAUUUUGUCACGUUGGUAGUUGUUCCGGGACGUACAUUCCUUCGCCGACUGUAUGACCUUACCAUCGGGGUUGCUAAGCCGUACUACAAAGUAAGAUUAAAUAACUCAGCCAAAGCUGAUAUUAGGAUUUGGCACCAGUUUAUGCAGGGAUUUAAUGGUCGAUGCAUGUUUAUGAGUGAUGCCUGGCUGGCGUCAGAUUAUUUGAAGUUAUUCACCGAUGCCGCAUCGUCCAAGGGUUAUGCAGCGGUGUUGAAUUCCAAAUGGUUUUACGGCACAUGGCCUCCACAAAUGCAGACUAUGAGUAUUAACGUUCAGGAACUUUUUCCAAUUGUGCUUGCAAUUGAACAUUGGGGUCCCUUAUUGCGAAAUCAUAAAUUGCUUGUGUUAUCUGACAAUGAGUGUGUUGUGUUUGUUAUCAACAAAGCAACCUCCAAAUGUCCACAUUUAAUGAAGUUAAUCCGUCGUUUAAUUUUAGCUGCGAUAAAAUAUAAUAUACUAAUCAGGUCUAAACAUAUUCAAGGCAAAUCAAAUCUGGUUGCUGAUUGUCUGUCCCGUUUUAAAUUUCAGCAAGCCAGACAUUGGGCUCCAUGGUUAGAGACCAACCCUCAAAUUUUGAAUCAAGAUCUUUUGAAGAUUUAACUCCAACAGCACUUACAUUAAUUGGUGCAGCUUUGACCCCAUCAUCCAAAGCAAAUUAUUUCCGAGCAUGGGUGAGGUUUGUCGAUUUUUGUAAGGAACGACAGUUGUCCCCUUGCUUCCCUCUUCCUAAUCAACUUGUUAUUAAUUACUUUGCUCAUAUGUUUGAUUCAGGUUUUGCACCAAGUACCAUAGCGUCACACGCAUCUGUUCUUGCCUUUGUUCAAAAAUUGUUAGGUUACCCCGACACAAUUAAUUCCUUUCUGUUGAAAAAUCUCUUAAAGGGAGCCCGUAAAAUGCAUGUCCCUUUACAAUCCCGCCUGCCAAUUACUUCAGAAAUU